AUGUACGAGACGACAUCGAAGGAGCAAGUCACCAAGCUGGAGGUGGAAGUCAAAGUCGCCAACGCGCAACUUCGCGAGAUCACGUACGUGAACCGCGACAACGUCGCUCAGAUCGACCAGUUGGCCAAAUCAUUAUCAGUUGCGGAGAAAGAGUCCACAGUGUUGAAAACUCGCAUUGAGGAAUCCGAGCAGCACGUGAUCGAGCUCCAGACUGAAAAGGAGGAUUUGCAGCGCAACAAGAACGAGCUGGACAUCGCAACUUCCACCUCAAGGAACGCCUUCAACCGCUUUAUCCUUUCACUUCAAAACAUGUUGGUACUUGUCAAACUCGACGAGUUCCCUCUGGAUGAAGCCAUACGAGAGCUGCUGCAAAUGAUCCAGGACACCUUCGGCGAAGAGCUGUGCCUUGACAGUAUUCUCGCGGAAGACGACAAACCGAUUGAUAUUGAGCUCGAGGUUCAGGAAGAUGUCACGGAAGAAGAGCAAGCGAGUCGACAGCGGCGAGCUGCAGCUCGUCGCAAGGGAAUCAUUAGUAUUGAAGGAUUGGGUGGCACGGACGACGAAGACGAACUGGAUGACCAGGUAAUACCUGAACGCGAGAUCGUCCGCAUGAGUCGGUUCAGGAAAAGCAAGCUGGACCAUCUUGUGAACAAACUGCAGCGUGAUAUAGCGCUCAAGGCAGACUUGAUCGCGAAUCUGGAGAUUGUGGUGUGCGAGCAAUCGCGAGAGAUAUCGCACCUCAACACAACCACAAGGCAGCAAGCGCGCGUGAUCGUCCAGCACGAAUGUCAAAAGGGAAUGCUGCAUUCCGAUCUGGAGAUGACGACGCUCAUGCUGUUCAAAGUCCGAGCCGAGAAACAAGCCGUAGAAUUUACAUUGGAGCAGGUGCGAAUCGACCAAGUACUGCAAACAAACCGAGCGUUCCAGGCUGAAGUGGCGCUAGCUACUGUCCGACGCGAGUUCGACAUGCAAGUGAUCGUCAACGAAGACCUCAUGGGCAAGAUCUGGCGCAAGUACGAGUACGACCUGUACAUGAUAUCUCUACGACGGAACAAAGAGGUCCAAGCUACAGUCACGAUCACGGAUCAAGGCAGUCAGACGUUUGUACCGCAGCGAAACCCAGCCAUGGAACGCCCGAGGAUAUCAUCGCUAUACAUGCCGACGGAUGCCACGGGCGAAUCGGAAAGUCUGCUCCAAAAGAUCAACAGAGCGACUCGAGAACUUUUACCUGGAGUUGCGAACGAGAUGGAUCUGCACUUCACCGUGGGGAAGUCGAGGCGGUCACCAAAGCACAAGCAAAGUCUGGUGAGGCCUCUCGCUUCCAGUCCACGUAAUAGUCGUUCGCAGCUCCGAGCUCAAGCCAGUCAAGACGAAAGCAGACGGCGACAUCCCGGCAAGCGUCGGAGUAAUAUCUCCACCAGCAGCGAGGCCGGAACCUCUACCUUACCUCUACUGGACGACAAUAGCGGCGUGACAUCGCCCCCAAUGCAACUGGUUCGCCACGUGAACGAGUUCGGCACUCGCCAGAACGUCCUCGUAUCGCCCACCCGCCCACCGUUCUUCAGCGAGCACCCAUCCAGCCGCUCUACCAGUGUCGACGGGAUAUCGCCUCGCCCUCCAGCGCUGCUCAAUACUCGGAAAUCAAUGCCACGCAAGCUCAGUGCUGGAGGUCGACGCUCUCCGACCAACCACCUCCAGCUCGACACGCAGUUCGAAGAGCGGCUCCAGCACGCUGCGCUACAACCGCAGCUUCUUGCGAGCCGGCAUGGAAGUCCUGCGCAAUGCCAGAUCGAGCGACAGCCCGCUGCUAUAUCCAGGCAGUGA